UAUUGUUAUUUUAUAUUUUAUAAACUAUAAGAAUAGUUAUAAUAUAAUAUAUAAUAUAAAAAUAAUUAGUCAACAUGCCAUACAAUUUUUUUUUCAAACAAUAGUAUAAUAGUAUUAUCGCAAAUGUUCUAUUUACAAAGCAGUAGCGCCGUAUAAACUAAUCGGAAUUUUGUCUUAUUAACUGAUAUUGUUAUUUCAUUCCAUCACUUUGAAAUUUUGAUCAGUUAAUAUAGUAUUAUUAGAUAAUAAAUACGAAAAUAUUAAUUAUUUAAAAAUUAAUAAAUUGUCUUAUGUAUCGAAUAAAUUAAUUGUUUAUUAACAAUUAAAUUGAUAGGUCAUAGGUCAUUAUACAAAUAAAAAAGUGGACAAAAUAUAUAAUGUAUAGAAAACAAAAUUGAAAAUGGCAGAAAAAGGAGCUCAUUUAACUGGCACAACAUUUAUAAGACCUUCUAUUUUUGAAAUUAUAGCACAAGAAUCGUUAGCACAUACUGUAGAACCGGCUUUUACAAAAUUUUUAUCGUUUAUUGUAUCAUUUAAUAUUGAAAGAUAUGGACAUCUUCUUAAAUGGACAGAUGAAGGUUAUUUAAUUUUUAAUACAAUUCUUCAAUACUAUUAUUUGAACAAAUAUUCUGCAUCAUUUUCUGAAACAUUUUAUAGUUUAAAACGCAUAAUUAUAGUAAACUCAAAAAUUAAAUGUGAAUUAUCAAAUAAGCAAAGAAGACUUUCAUUAAUGUUAACAAUUUUAUUUCCUUAUAUAAAAAUCAAACUUUCUCAACUAGUGGAAAAAUAUAAACUUGAAGAAGUUGAUAAUUGUGUUCCAAAGUCGAAAUGGCAAAAAUUAUAUCGUAAUUGCAUUAUCAAAGGAAACGCAAUAAUUUUCAUGAUGUAUGAAUUUAUGGUACUAUAUAAUUAUGUUCUUUAUAUUUCUGGAAAAUCAGCAUAUACUUCUCUAUUUUUGAGAUUUUUGUCUAUAACUUUAACAUAUGCAGAACCAAAACCGAUACUUAGUAUUUCAGAUUUUUUAAAGAAAAUUAGAACAAACUCUUUUGGUAUUAGUGAUGGUAUAGAUAUAUUUCAAAGAAUGAUGACUACAUCUUUUGAAUUUGGAGCAUUUUUUCUUCAAUUCUUGUCUUGGUGGACUCAAGAACAUUAUUCAACUAAUUUACUAUCAUUACCUAUUCCAUCACCUCCAAAAAUUCCAGAUAUAGCAAAACAAUACAAAGGAAUAUGUCCAAUCUGCUAUAAAACACUUAGAAUACAUACAGUACUUUCAGUGUCUGGUUAUGCAUUCUGUUAUCAAUGCAUUCUUCCUGUGAUACGUACAAACAAAAAGUGCCCAGUGACAAACUAUCCUGCUAAGGAAGAUGAUUUAAUACGUUUAUAUUUAGACUAAAUAAUAAUGUGCAUAUUUUACUAUAUAAGUUGUAAAUAAAAUUAGUUAUUUUUAAAUUUACUUUUAGAUUAUGAUAAAACAAAAAAUUAACUUUAUCAUAAAUUUAGAAAUAUAUAUU